AUGUCAUGUUUGACAUUAGAUCGUGUUGAGGCGUCAGCAGAAGAGUAUUGUCCUGACUCAGAGCUCGUGUUUGCAGUGAAACAGAGACGCUCCGUGUUGCAGACACAGAUGAGAAUCCAGACUGACGUGGACCUGAGUGAUGCAGCCGUCUCUGAGCAGCUGCUCAAACUGCUCCAAGAAAGACUCCAGGAGAAAAGCUCUUGGACUGACUUCAAACUGCGAUGGAGCAAGGCCCCAGAAAAGCAAGACUCUACAUAA